AUGCGUCCUGAUUCGCGUAGCGUCUCGUUCACGUUCCAUCGUGAAGUUUUAAGUGUCAGAAAUUCACCAGAAUUGAUACGUACUUCAAAAAACUUAAGACAGCGUCUUCAAGAUCGUUUUGACAAAGAAAAAUGUAAUGAGUCUUCCAAACCGAAAGCUUCUAAAGAGAAAGAUAUCACAGAACGUGGUUGGAAUAAUUUGAGUCUUGGAAAUGUAUCCGCUGAUUCUAGACGUGCUUUACGAAAUGGAGCAGAAAGAUUAUCCAAAACCAUAUCAACAGUAAGAACAACGUUUGGUACAAUUUCACAGAAAUUUAGAAGCUCAACAAGAAGGCGUCAGAGAUUGGAAGAACAACAAUCUCCUGGCAGCAACUGUAAAAUGCAAACUCCUCAAUCACGCUCACGCCAAUUAUUAGGACGUACGCCAACUAAAUUAUACAGUCCUUUUGGUAUUGAAUCUCCUAAACGUGGUUGGAACAAGGAGAAUGAUGUUACAACAGUACAAGAGUCACCAGAAAAUCAUUCACGUCAGAUACAAUGCAGGCCGUUUAGCUUUGUAAGAGCUAAAGGAUUCUCUAUGCUAAGAUAAAGCAUUAUUUUCGGGGCUAUCGUGUUAUAACUUCUUUGCCUUUUAAGAAAUGCAUCAAAAAACGCACAUUUAGUACAACUAAGCACUUAAUUUAUUUUAUUCUAAUGAAUAACAAUGCAGCUAUUUAUCUAUUCUAUCAUCAUGCUAAUAAUCAUUUUAUAAUGGGAAUUAAUAUUAUUUAAUACCUCUUUAAA